UGUUGAGUGGUAUUGAGUGUUAAGUUUGAUCACCCUAAGACAGCCAUUGUGUUAUUAUUGUUUUGCGCAUAAACUUUUAAGGAUUUAUGAUCGUUAAAUUUUGUAACAUACAAAAAGAAACUUUGAACAUUAUUUUAUUGUAUAUUUUGUACGGAACCGUGACUGAAUCGGAAUCAUGACUGAAAGAUCAAGUAACGGAGAUUACAAGCGUGAGAGAGAGGAGUCUCCAGAAAAUAACUCUAAUUUGCCAAUGAUUAAAGAACGAGAAGAAAAGGAUCAUCAGGUUGAUAAAGCCGGAGAAUACGUAAGAGAACUUUUACAAGAAAAAGUCGAGUUAGAUUCACAAAAAUGGCCCAAUGCGACUCGGUUAAUUGAUCAAGAAAUACAGAAAACUCAAGCUAUUGGAAAACCAUUAAGAGAUCCAAAAUAUGUAGAUAUUUAUCGUGAAAAACCGAUUCGUAUUUCUGUUAAAGUUUUGGUGCCUGUUCGCGAGCAUCCAAAGUUUAAUUUUGUGGGAAAACUAUUGGGACCAAAGGGAAAUUCCAUGAAACGUCUACAAGAAGAAACCAUGUGCAAAAUGGCAGUUUUAGGAAGAGGAUCAAUGAAAGAUCGGCAAAAGGAAGAAGAAUGUCGUAUGUCCUUGGAUCCAAAAUAUGCUCACCUGUCAGAUGACUUACACGUAGAAAUAACAGCUUUAGCACCUCCAGCUGAAGCAUAUGCUCGUAUAGCAUUUGCGCUCGCAGAGGUUCGGAAAUAUUUAAUUCCAGACAAUAACGAUAAUAUACGGCAAGAACAAAUGCGUGAAAUGGAACUUAGCAUGGCUGAUGAUUCAGCAGUUGCAGAAGAUAGAAGACCUUCUAUUAGAGGUGUGCCUCCUGCAGGAGGAGGUAUACUUAGACCUACCACAAGGCCAACAUUGCAAAGAUCAUCAAGAGUUUCAGCACCUGUUCUUCCUCCACCAUCCAAUCGUGGACCAAUUGCUCGAUCGAUGCCUGCAAAGACAAAAAUUUUUUCGAUAUUAGACCGCGCGCGAGCUGCCAUGGAUCAGAGUUAUGGCUAUGAGACUCCAACUCCGCCUUUAAAUAAUCGCGUAGGAACACAUGAUUAUGAAUAUCAUCCAUCUUCGACCACAAAUACUCGAUAUGCAGAUCGUCAUUAUACAUCGACUGCAAGUGACGACAUGUAUCCUACUUCGAGAUAUACGACUUAUGAAUAUGAAGAAGAAGCUGUACCACAUACAUCCCAUGAUUAUUAUGAAAUGUCAGAUUAUCCAGAGGAUACUACAAGCCGCGCAUGGAAGUCAUACAAGACUACAACAACGUCAGGCUCGAGUUCGCGAUAUCGCAGCGCUCCAUACACACGACCUUCCAACCCUAAACCAUUGACGUGUAACCUUCCUAAUGUACGGCGACCUAUGAUGCCGGCAAUUCAGAAACCCAUAAACGAGCGUAUGCCAGAUCGGCUUUGAGUUAACGGAGGCAUGAAGCUUAAUAUGAUGAGUAUUUCGCGGUCAGUGGAUAAAUCAGAAUAUAUUAAUAUGACGAAACGUAUAAUCAAAGCAUAAGAAAAUCCAAAGUUUUUAAUACAAGUUACAAGCGAAAGUUCUGCUCUCGGUAAUACUUAAAUCACAUCGCAGUAUUAAUAGUUCCUAAUUUUUUGUAAAGGUAUAAAUUUCAGUUUUAAAUCAUUUAUCCAAAAUAUUAUGCUACAUUGGUAAUGAAGUAAAUCAUAAUGGCAAAAAAGAUAAGGUAUAUCAGAUAAUUUAAACAAGCAAGUAGUAAGAAGUAAUAGACGGCGGUACAAUAUAUCGCGAAUUUUGCAGAUUCUUUUCCCCAAUUUCUUUUCAUUAGGUAUACUUAAUUCUGUAUAAUAUCUCAUCAAAUUAUCUUUAUUAAAUCUCAAUUUAAAAAUAUCAAUUAUUGAUAUUGAUUGAUAUUUAUGUUUCACACAUAACACAUUUUUUACUAAUUAUUGAAAGAACUGGAUAAUCACAAAUUAUAUCCAAAUGUAAGAAAUAAAAAUAUUUAAUUUAAAUAAGAUAAUUAUUUUACCUAAAUAAUUAUAUUAUCUAAAAUAAUAUACAGCACCAUAAUAGUAAAUCAAUGAUUAUCGAAUGAUAUAUAUGAAUAUUAUAAAAAAAUUUUCAUUCAGAUAUAUUAAAAGAUAUAGUAUUAAAACAAAAUUAAUAAUUACGUGACGCGUGUAUACAUGAGAAAUAUAAAACAAUAAUUUAAGUACAUUUAAGUACAAAAUUUGAAAUAUAAAUUAGCAUGAAAUUAUUAUUUAGGAUAAAAGUUAAAAUAAUAUAAAUAUUUAAUAAAAUAUAAUGACUGUAAUUUCUAAAUAUUUUGUCGUAUUAAAAAUGAAAUAUUCAUUUGACAUAUGUAAUCGUCAUAAACCAGAAUACAUAUAUCACAUAAAAAUAAAAACUCUAUUUAAAAAAAAGAAAAAAUACAAGAUAAUUCCCAAAUAGUUAAUAAUUUUUCGUCGUUUUAAACGUGGAUGAAAAAAGAUUUACAAACAUAAUUCAUGUGAAAAUUAUUAAUACCUUACCCAUUAUUGUUCAAACCAUCAUAACUAUAUCGUUAAUGAACUAACAAUAAAUAAUCUUUAACUUUCGUACGACCAUGUUCCCAUUAUUAAAAUAUAACCGUAUAAUUAAAGCGUUGAUUUAAAAAGAAACCAAUUAAAUGGACGAUGAUGGAAGA